AUGCAGCGGGUGGGUGCGGCCGUCGCGUGGCUAUAUAUCACCGCGCGCAUCCGCCACGCCACCUCGCUCUACAUUCACUUCCACUUCGUCCAACGAACCAGAGCAAGAACUCGGGAGGGAAGGAGAAGGGAAGCAGGGAAAGGGCAGGUGAUCAAGAUCGAGGAGAUAAUGCAGGUCUUCAUGAAGACGCUGACGGGGAAGACCAUCACACUCGAGGUCGAGAGCGGCGACACCGUCGCCACUCUCAAGGACAAGAUCCAGGACAAGGAAGGUGCGGUGCGGUAUCUCCGCCGACCAGCGGUGCCUAUCUUCGCAGGGACGCAGCUGGAGGACGACCACACCCUGGCCGACUAUAACAUCCAGAAGGAGUCCACGCUUCAACUGGAGCUUCCCCUCCUCUCCAGCUACGUCUGA